AGAUCAAAACUUCGAAAUAAUUACUCGGUCUUCUCUCACAGCUCAAUCAAUCUAUCGCAAUGGAUCCAAACCAGCAGCAACAACAACAACAACAACAGCCUCCUCAAGACGGCGCCCAAAACGAGGAUUACCUUGACAAGGGCCUCGACUUCGCCGAAAAGAAAUACGGUCAAGGCAAAAUCGAUCCUGUCAAGAUGCGUGACACCAACGAGAAGAUUACCGACGGUGCUCGUAACCUCUUUGAGAAGGUUACUGGAAAGCAUGUUCCUGAGAAGUUCUCCAAUUAGACUUCAUAUAUGUUGAUGAGCUAUGAAGCGAUAACUGUAUAUUGAUGAUAGCUUAAAUUACUCAAUUCUGAUUGAUAAUUGAUAUUACAGCUAAUCUGCUCUACUAAUUUCAAUUGAAUUAC